GAAGAAGAAGAAGAUGAAGAUGAAGAAGAAGAAGAAGGUCUUUUAAGUUAAAUAGGUGCAAUUAAUAAUACUUUUGCUAUGUCGGUGGAGGUGGCUCAUCCAAUAGCAACACCAACCAACCGCACCGUACAAUAACGUGACAUAGGAAUAGGAAUAAGAUGAUGGAUUGGAGCAACUGAGAUGAUGAUGAUCGAGACGGUGAUGAUCCACUGCCACUGCUGUUAAUUAAAGCUCAGUUGCAGCUACAGAGAUGCCAUUACCAUUACCAUUACCAACAAGAAGAAGCCUCGAAAGCGUCCAAAACAACACCCCACCUUCUCUCCCCUUGCUUUCCCAUCUCUCUCUCUCUCUCUCUCUCUCCUUCCCCUGUCAUCCUACACACACAAACACCCCCCCCCCCCCCCCCCCCCCCCCCCCCCCCCCCGGGAAUCACUUCAAUUCAGUCCCCCGAACUCCUCCUCAUCCUCCUCGUCGUUGUUCCUCUGCGACUGGCUGCGAGAGCCAUAAUGAAUGACGACGGCGAUGUGAUCGGGCCAAUGGAGGCUCAGUACAUUGAGAGGCACCACAGACACCACCCUGGGGAGAACCAGUGCUCCUCCUCCCUCUGCAAGCACAUCCGAGCUCCCGUUCACCUCGUGUGGUCUCUCGUGAGGCGAUUUGAUCAGCCCCAAAAGUACAAGCCGUUUGUCAGCCGGUGUGUUGUCAAAGGGGACCUAGGAAUUGGGAGUGUCAGAGAAGUUAAUGUCAAGUCUGGGCUUCCUGCCACAACUAGCACCGAGAGGUUGGAGCUUCUCAAUGACGAGGAACACAUUCUCGGCAUCAAGAUCGUCGGCGGUGAUCACAGGCUCAGGAACUAUUCUUCAAUCAUGACGGUCCAUCCUGAGUUCAUUGAUGGUAGACCGGGGACUCUUGUGAUCGAGUCGUUUGUGGUGGACGUGCCCGAAGGAAACACCAAAGAUGAGACCUGCUACUUUGUGAGAGCCUUGAUUAGAUGCAACCUCAAAUCAUUGGCUGAGGUGUCAGAGAGGAUGGCCGUGCUUGAUCAGACUGAGCCCAGGCAUCAGUUCUAAGUGGGCCGUGGAUGUCUUGUGUCCAGGUAUGGUGCCUUAUUAGGGAUAGUAGCCCGGCCCCAACGCGACGCAUAUAGGGAUGUAAAAAGUCAUAGAGAGUUAAGGUCCAGUAGCAGCAAGUUUCGAUUAUCAUGCCACUCAGAGUGUGCAACUACUGCACUGUGGAUGAGUUAGUUGUAUGUAUGUACCUUCUUUUAUUCUUCUGAGAACUCUCUUGAGUUUCCUAACCUUUGCUUAGUGUAAAUUAAGUUUUUCUUUUAAUUAUUAUUUUUCUUUUCCAAAUAAGCAAGCAAAGCAAAUUCCCUUUGUUGAGCCAAGCCAA